UUUCAGGUUAUUGGUGGUGAAAGGUCGGCGAUUCUUUUUUGGAUGUUGGAGGACGAUUUCCGCAGCUUAACUACAUUGUCUAAGUCAACAAACAUUUAUUAGGAUUACUCUUUCACAAAACCACACAAAAUGUCGCAACUAAUACUUCGUGCACUUUCGCCAAAAACUGUUCGAUCACUGCCCGUCUCCUCGUAUUUAAGCUGGAGCCUACGUCGUACCUACGCUAAACGACAAUCAGAUAGUGAUUCCGGCUCAUUAGUUAAAUCGAAAUCCGAAGGACAUGGAUCUGUGUCAACCGACGUCCGACCUUUGGGAGAAAAAAUCAAAGAAAACACAAAGACUGCGAGUUAUAUGGGCGUCAUCUUGCUGGGAGUCGGCGUGACAGGUAUUAUGUUCUAUGCCAUUUUCCGUGAGUUAUUUUCAUCACAAAGUCCGAAUAGUGUUUAUUCAGAGGCUUUGGAAAAGUGCAUCAAUAAUCCAAAAGUUCAAGAUCUUCUUGGUACACCGAUAAAGGGGUAUGGAGAGGAAACAGGAAGGCGAAGGAGGAGACAUGUUGCUCAUUCGAUUUUCGAAAGGAAUGGUGUUAAGCAUAUGCGGAUGCAGUUUCAUAUUCAGGGUAUUCGAAACAGAGCUACCGUUCACUUAGAAGUACGAGAGAAUUCCUCGGGGAAAUAUGAGUAUCGCUACAUGUUCGCCCAACUAGAUUACUAUCCGAAAACCACAGUGAUCUUAGAGGACAACCGUGCCAACGACAAUCGUCCAUUGAGUGAGGAUAGUGUGCAAUCAUUUGAACUGAAACCCAUUGUUUGAGCCAAUAUUGCAUUGCGGCAGUCAGAAAGUUGUAAACUUCUUAAUGUUUUUAAAAAAAAGUGAUGUACUUUAUUAACGUCUAUAAGGCUUUAAUCGGUUUUUAAUAAAG